AUGCGAAGAUUAGCUCCAGAUAGGAAAAAGGUGGAGGUAGGAGAAGCCGUCAAAAUUUCCAACUGUAGCAAAUAUUGCUCCCCGACCGCAAACGGUACCGCCAUUUCGUUCAGCAGCUUUCGACAAUCUUUCACUUCAAAUGUCAAUUACUUGAAACGACGUUUCAGCUCCGGAGAUUUGUCUUCGGAGUGCGACGACAGCGAUACACAAGUCGAUCCAUAUGCAACGAAACAACCCCCAGUUACCUCACAACCACAGGCUCCACCGCCCCCGCCACCGUCUCAAAGUUCGGUGGCCAGCAGUGGCAGCGGGGGUGGAAUUGGAUCGAUCACGGAUUUAUCUUUGAACCUACGACCGGGUUCAAAAACUACAAGUGCUCCCAGCAGCCCUGCCAAGUCGAGAGAGUCGCUUUUACAACGAGUUCAAUCACUUACCGGUCAAGCAAGAGACCAAGGUGCUUCCAUUCUAGGCGCCGCCGUUUCGAGCGCGAGUCGCGUGACAUCGUCAGUAUCAGGCAGUGGUAAACACCUAACGCUGCUGGUCAUCGAUGACCAAAACACCGACUGGACGAAGUAUUUCCGCGGAAAACGUAUCGGCGACUACGAUAUUCGAGUCGAGCAAGCGGAAUUCAAAGAAUUGACGGUAACAGCAACCUGCGAUGGCGCCAACGUUUCGAUGGCCGUUUACCGAGGCGGCACGAGGGUUGGAAGAUCAUUCAGACCAGAUUUCUUGUUGGUCAGACAAAACCUGAAGGACGCCGGUGAAGACAAUAAAAACGUAUUGCUCGCCCUCAAGUUUGGCGGAGUGCCGAGCAUUAACAGCCUGAAUUCUAUCUACAACUUUCAAGAUAAGCCGUGGGUCUUCGGCCAUUUACUACAGUUGCAGAGAAGACUUGGAAAAGACGCUUUUCCUUUAAUAGACCAGACCUUUUAUCCAGAUCAUAAAGAAAUGAUAACGUAUUCGAAGUUCCCAGUGGUUGUCAAAAUAGGUCACGCGCACGGUGGUCUCGGGAAGGUGAAAAUAGAUAAUAUGGGGGAUUUCCAGGACAUCGCAAGCGUGGUGGCCGUUAUGGGCAACGCCUACUGCACCGUCGAACCGUACAUCUAUUCCAAAUACGACAUUCACGUUCAAAAAAUUGGCCACAGCUAUAAGGCAUUCAUGCGCAAAUCAAUUUCUGGCUGCUGGAAGACCAACAUGGGUUCGGCAAUGUUGGAACAAAUUCAGAUGCCUGACAGGUACAAGAAUUGGAUAGAUGAAGUUUCGGACUUGUUUGGAGGUUUAGACAUCUGCGCUUUAGAAGUAGUAGUAUCAAAAGAAGGCAAAGAAUACAUAAUCGAAGUAAACGAUAGCGCUUUGUCGCUUUUAGGGGAAACCCAGGAAGAAGACCGCAGACACAUUGCCGAUCUCGUGGUUUCGCGCAUGAACGCAAUUUGCAAACCCUUCAACAGAAGUCCCACAACCGAAGAACCCGUACCGCCUCCAGUACCGUCCCGAGGCAUCCUGGGGAGUCUGAGUAGUUUGAAUUAUUCGGAAACACCACCGAACACCGCAAACGAAUUUACGUCGCUGUCCAAUGUUGGACGGAGAGAUAGUCAAGCAUCACAGUCAAGUACAAUAAGUAGUAGCGGAAUCGGGGGAGGCGGAAGCACCAGUGGCAGCGUGAGUGGGGUCGGUGUGGGAUCCACUCCGAGCAGCGUGGGAGGACGUCUUCCGGACCCCCCGCCGCGACCUUUCCAACGCCAGGGUAGCCAACAAUCUUCUAUCACCGAAGAUGCCGAAGACACUAUGAAAAAUCUCAGAAAAACAUUCGCCGGAAUUUUCGGCGACAUGUAAUAAAAAUAAUUGUUCGUAGUCAAAUUCUAAUUAUUGUCGCAGUUAUUAAUUAAUUGAUUGUACGGGGUGUCUAUUUAAAAAAGGGCGCAAGAGAAAUAUUUCGAUAGUAAUAAUAAUAUCAUCUGGUUAAAAUACAUCAGUAUCCUGAAAAAUUAUCCUUCAAGGAAAUGUGGAGAUUCCCCAGUUAUGAGUAGAAAAUUUUCUACGCGUCUAAUUAAUGACAGGAUAUUUUUAGAAUGUACUUAAUAAAAUUUUUAAAUUCAAAAAUUACGUGUUCUGUGAUUAUUAUGAAAAACUAAAAGCAAUUCAAUUAUAAUGUACAUCGAAAUAUUGCAGCUUACUACAGUUUUAAAUCCGACACCCUGUAUAUAGUUCCAUUACAUUAGUGACUUGGUGUAUGCACGAUAUUACAUACAUUCAUGCACAGCAAAUUGCAUCCUAAAAUUCAGUAUAUGUAUUCGAUAAUGCUCAAAAACAUUGGCAACCUUUAGGAGAAUCAUAUUGCUUAAGUAACUCAUGAACAAACUGAGAGUGGAUGGUAGGGGUAGCUAUUGAGAACCUUUAGGAGAAUUGUAUUCUUAAGUAACUCAUGGACGCACUGAGAAUGGAUGGGAGGGGUAGCCAUUAAGAACCUUUAAGAGAAUUGUAUUGCUUAGAUAACUCAUGGACGGACUGAAAGUUGAUGGGAGGAGAAGCCAUUGAGAAUUUUUGGGUGAAUUGUAUUUCUUAAGUAACUCAUAGAUGGACUGAGAGCGGAUGGGAGAGGUAGUCAUUGAGAACCUUUAGGAGAAUUGUACUGCUUAAGUAACUCAUAGACGUACUGGGAAUAGAUAGGAGGGGUAACAAUUGAGAACCUCUAGGAGAACUGUUUUGCUUAAGUAACUCAUGGACGGACUAAGAGUGGAUGGAAAGGGAUAGUCAUUGAGAACCUUCAACAGAAUUGUAUUGCUUAAGUAACUCAUGAGCGGACUGAUAGUGGAUGGGAGAGGUAGUUAUAGAGAACCUUCAGGAGAACUGUAUUGCUUAAGUAACUCAUGAGCGGACUGAUAGUGGAUGGGAGAGGUAGUCAUAGAGAACCUUCAGGAGAAUUGUAUUGCUUAGAUAACUCAUGAACGGACUGAAAGUUGAUAGGAGGGAUAGCCAUUGAGAACUUUUAGGAGAAUUGUAUUGCUUAAGUAACUCAUAGACGGACUGAGAGUGGAUGGGAGAGUUAGCCAUUGAGAACCUAUAGGCGAAUUGUGUUGCUUAAGUAAUUGAUGGACGGACUAAGAGUGGAUGGAAAGGGAUAGUCAUUGAGAACCUUCAGGAGAAUUGUAUUGCUUAAGUAACACAUGGGUGGAAUGAGAGUAGAUGGAAGGAGUAGCCGUUAUAAGUGUAAAGGGUAAAACCAAAGGAUGGUACAUUGGUAUGUUCACUUUAAUGAAUGCAAACUGUUAUAUUCAAUUAUAUCAAGAUAGGAAUCGGGUGAGUACACUCUGGUAGGUGGGUAAGCUGAGUGGUGGCAAUAAAUAUGGUAGAACCAAGGGCGAGACGCGUAGCAGAUAGCCAUGGGCGCAUACAGCUAGAGUAAUAUCAUCAGAAAGUUAAAAAACAUAGAAAUGAAACCCAUUAAACCUAUAUAAACCUACAGCUACUGAGAAUGUGCCUCCCCUAGGAAAAAUCUUUCGCUACGCCCAUGAGAGAUAACAGUUGACAGAAUCUAUACAAUGGAAAUUACAGAUAAUAACUAAAUUUAUUGCAAUAAUAAUUUAGUGCACCUACACCAUACCGACAAAGAUUGUGCGCUUGUACAAAAUGGCCUUUUACAGAUCAUUUUGUACUAAAUCGUAAACCAGAUGAUUUUCUGGAUCUUUACAGAAUACGAGCCGCCACUGCUCACUAGACUUCCGAUUUUUAGUAAAAUUCCAAAAUUUGGUUAAAAAAUAUUAAGGAAAUUAUUAAACAAAUUAAAUCGUUUGUCUUGUGUGCAUGCAUGUAUGUAUAUAUCAAAUAAUUAUCUACAUAUAUAAGUUAGUAUUAAAUUUCAGCAAUAUAAUUUGCCACAAGUGCGCCAAUAAUUGUAACAAUUAAUAAAAAUAAAAUUCAUAUAAGUACAAAGCGAUAAAAAAGACAUUUCAUGCCCUUCUUUCAAUAAUUUAAAUAAUUUUUCGAAAAAGACGCCAGACACCCCACAAAGAAAACACAAGUAAGCUCUGCGGAUUAAAAACGAAAGCUUUUAUUUUCAAUCAAAAAGGUAGGUGCUAUUUUUUUUUUUCAAAAAUAUUACUUAAAAACUGUAACAUUGGAAAUAAACCAAAACACUUUGGAAUUUUAAUCAAACAAAAGAUAUACAAAAUAGCUUUUUCAAAGCUUUUUUUAGUAAUUAAUAAACCAGUUUAAAUGUUUUAAUUAUUAUUUAUUAGGUACUUAUAUUAUUGACUAAUAAGGUAAAUUGCGAGCUGUUACAUGACAAGGGAAAGAGGGGAUGACAAGAUAUACAAGCGAUUUUAGUUAUUAUUUACAAAUACUUAGUAUCUUUUAAGGGCUCAAAAUACAGGGCCGUAACACGACUAUGAAAUUUUCCAAAAGAUAUCAAAACGGAUUUCCAUUAGUUCUGAGGUGGAUACUUUUUAACCCCUUCUAGCCCAGUUGAGCAGUAAUAAUUAAAUAUUUGUUUUUAUUUCUGUUAAUAAUACAUCAAAUUUAUACUUGUUAUUUAAUUAAUGUAAAAUUGAUAAAGUAAUGCGAGCUAAGGUAACGUACUAGGCUUUUGUAGGUAGUUGCAGUUAAAAAAUUGUCUAAAAUAUAUGUAUAGCAAUAGGUUCUUGCAAUUUGGUUUUGAUACAUGUAUCAGUCUAUAGAUUUUAUAACUACAACAAAAUAUCACGACCAUGUCCCAUUCCACUCCUUGAAUCAUUCAUAGUUUUAAAACUUUAGUUAUUCCAAGUUAAUAAUGAUUGCAAUUUAACACAAAUU